AUGUUUAGAAACACUUUAACCAAAUCUUUAAACUUAAAUUCAGCUAGAUUAUUUUCUACUACUCCAAGAGCUUGGGGUACCAAAGUUUUUUUCAACACUUCUAUUAAUGGAGAAAAACAACCAUCAAUUAAGUUUGAAUUAUAUGAUGAUGUUACUCCAAUUACUGCUGAGAAUUUCCGUGUUUUAGCUACUGGUGAAAAAGGUGUUGGUUAUGCUGGUUCUAUUUUCCACCGUAUCAUUCCUCAAUUCAUGUUACAAGGUGGUGAUUUUGAAACUGGUCAAGGUUAUGGUGGUUAUUCUCCAACUCAUAACAAUGAUAAAUUCGAUGAUGAAAAUUUCAUCAAAAGACACGAUAGACCAGGUUUAUUAUCCAUGGCCAAUGCUGGUCCAAAUACUAAUGGAUCUCAAUUUUUCAUUACUACUGUCCCAUGCCCUUGGUUGGAUGGUAAACACGUUGUCUUUGGUGAAGUCAUUGAUGGUUAUGAUGUUGUUAAGAAAAUCGAAGGUCUUGGUUCUCCAAGUGGUAAACCAGCUGCUAAAAUCGUUAUCGAAGAAAGUGGUGAAGUCAAAGAAUAA